AUGAUAUCCCACAACCUACCAGAAGACACAUCGAGGAGGGUUUCUCGCGUGGCUGAGAUGAGUUAUUCGCCCAACGGUGGCAUGGACAGCAAUAGUGGCCCGUCCGCAGGCGAAGACGACGCAAUUGAGCGCACUUCGGCCGCCAACGCAGGCCGCAAGUGUGGUUCCAGCGCUACAAGGGACGCGGAACCGCCCAGGACUACAACGGUGUACCAGGACGACAUCAGCGAGAUUGUGGUGGGGGUCAAGCGGCUGGUUGCAAGCCACGAGGAGAUGGGCGUGCACGUGCAACAGGUAGACACCAAAGUGACGCAAACGCAGCUGGAUCUCGACGGGUUGGUGACCCGCAGUGCCAACAACAACAAACAUCUCCAGAGCCUGCUGCUCUCGACACAAGACGUGCGGAAGCUCCAGGAGCUCCUGGAGCGUCUUCCCAGCGCCGACCAGCGGCAGCGGCCGCAGCCGGAGCCGGAGCCGGAGCCGGAGCCGCAGAGGCAAGAACUGGAGUGGUUUCGGCGCAAACACACAUCGCUGGACGCGCUGGACGAGCAGAUAGCGCAGAAGCAGCUAGAGCUGUCGUCGCUCCAAGGUAGCUGCGAACUUGUGCACGCAAAGCUCGCCAGCGCCCAGCGGGAGUUUGAAAAACUGCGCGUGGAGUACAGAGAACUGGAUUCCCGGAUCGACCAGGCGCUGUUCGACAAGUGCAAAGCCGUGGAGACGAACUUGGCGGUGUCGGCGGCCAGUUUCCUGCCGCCCAGGCCUGGCUCGGGCGUGCCGGCGACGAAGAUGAGCCGAAUCACCGACAUGCUGCGCCAGCGGCAGCCCAACACAAGACGGGUGAUGUCGUUCAAUGUGGCCGACACGUACCACGGCUAUGCGGCGUCCAACAACUCGGAUGAAAACGUCGCCGGCGAGUAG